AUGUUUGUGAUGUCAGUGUCCUUACACAAAAUCCUACAUGUUUCUGCAGGACUCAGUUCAUCUGCAUUCAAGAAUUCAAUCACACUGGUUAUAGCUGUGGUUGUAUAUAUUGCGGGCGCAGUAUCUUUGUAUAUUGAUUUGGACGGAAAGAAUAGGAUAGAAUGUGUGAUCUUGUUGAAGAUCAUGGAAAGCUGGUUAGAAGCUCAAGUGUUGUGUUGCCAUUGUAUUGCAUCGCAAAAUUCUUCUAUUAUUGUGUAUAUUAUACAGUUCCAUCAACAUGAUGUCAGUAGUUCAUCCAAUAAAUCUGUUCAUCCAAAUGAACAGGACAAAAUAUUUAUUAGGACACAGAUAGGAAAGAGAUGGCAUUUUAUGCUCUUUACAUGA